AUGAACGGCCCGCUAUCAUUAUCUACUACUAUGGAUGAAGAUAGCAGUAUCAGCACCGUUGAUUUAACUCAGAAGAUCAACCCAUCAGAUUUUAAACUAUCAAUUGAGAGAGGUAAACACCUCAUAGCUCCAUUUGAAGUAGAAUCUCAAAAUUACGAAUGUCGGUGUGAAUCAUGCCACAGGACAGAGGAACGUAGACCAUUGUUACCAAGACUUUGUAUAAUGGGGGUCGUUUGUCCGUUGCUGUGGUUUUACGAAAUCACACUAUGCCUGUAUCUACAAUGGUUGGUUCCCCAUGAACCAACGCAUCCGCCAAUUGAUUCAGAUCAAUUACCCACAGAAUACGAGUUGGAAAAUUGCAAGAAACGUACAGAGAUAGGAAUUGAUCCUCUUACAUUGCAAGAUAUUAAAAUCACUAACCAACCUAUCAAGAGUUGCAGUCGGUUUCCCUAUCAGACUUCUGAUUCACCCGAACCAGAAGUGACAUAUGAAGGUAAAAUAUGUCAAGAGGAUCAGUUGAAAAGGGCACAGUUCCUCUUUGUAAGACAGAUUGCUACUCAAGUUAUCGACACUCAUCGUCAACAAAGGUCAUAUUUGUGGAAGUGGGUCUGGUAUUGUACAGCAGCUAUCGCCAGUUAUGUAUUGGUGCUAACGGUGAUAUUAGCGACUACCAUUAAGGGUUCCAAACAUUCGCGAUAG